UGCUUGUGAACGUUUGUCGAGCUUUAGUCCUUCGAGAAUGACCACCAAGGAAGAGUACGAAUAUUCGCCAGUAGCGGGGACCGACGAAGCGGCAGUCAACACUCAGAAUGAUCAAGCUAAUGUUCAGUCCGUUAAAAUGUCCAGCGAGAGCAAGGGACCCACCAACAGAAAAUUUCUUUAUAUCGCAGCAUGUGUGGCGAAUUUGUCGGCCUUUGUUUGUGGAACCAGUUUCGGCUGGACGUCUCCCGAAAUCCCGAAAAUGAAAGUCCAGCACGAGUUCGGCAACCCUCUGGCCAUGCCGCUCACAAAAGGUGAAGAGUCCUGGAUUGGUUCCCUUCUUCCCGUGGGAGCGACUCUGGGUCCCUUCAUCGCUGGACUCACUGCGGACAAAAUAGGCCGAAAGUACACAAUGCUAGGAGGGAUAGUACCCUUCAUUGUGGCUUUCCUCCUGGCCAGCUUUGGUACCACUCCGCUAAUGUUCUUCCUUAUGCGGUUUUUGUGUGGUUUAGGCGUCGGUGUGAUUUUCACAGUACUACCAAUGUACAUCGGGGAAAUCGCUGAAGAUGCAGUACGUGAUUCCCUCGGCUCUUUUAUGCAACUUUUUAUCGUAAUAGGACUCCUUUUCUCUUACGUUCUCGGACCCUACAUGUCAGUCAGUGCCUUCAAUAUUGUGUGUGUUAUAUCACCAUGUAUCUUCCUAAUAGCUUUUUUCAUGUUCAUACCCGAAAGCCCGUACUUUUUGAUACGAAAGAACAAAGACCAAGCGCUUCAAGCUUUAAUGAAACUGCGUUCCAAACCACAGGACGCGGUCCAAACCGAAUUGGAUGAUAUUAAAUCCAGCGUGGAAGAAUCACUAAAGAACAAAGCCUCCUUUAUGGAUAUAUUCAAGUCCAAAGGACUCACCAAAGCCUUGAUUAUUUCCGUGGGCUUAGUUUCCUUGCAGCAGCUUUCCGGUAUUAACAUCGUCCUCUUCUACGCGCAAGAUAUUUUCACAGAUGCCGGUAGUACCAUUCCGGCGGAUAUUUGCACUAUCAUUAUCGGAGUGGUCCAAGUUCUGGCGAGCGGAGCUACUCCGAUUUUCGUGGAAAAGAAAGGCAAGAAGUACCUUUUGACUCUGUCUGCUGUGGGGAUGGCGGUUUCGCAAGGAGCGCUAGCUGUGUUCUUCUAUGUUAAGAGUGGAGGGGGUGAUAUAAGUUCCAUUGCGUGGCUUCCGGUACUUUCGCUCGUGGCUUACAUUAUAACGUACUGUCUCGGGUUUGGCCCUCUUCCAUGGGCUGUCAUGGGGGAAAUGUUCCCCGGUAAUGUCAAGUCAGCUGCGUCUACUGUGACAGCUGCCGGUUGUUGGUUUCUGGGUUUCAUUUUAACCAAAUAUUUUGCUUUGGUCACUGAUUUGAUCGGAGCGGCUGGUUCGUUCGGGAUUUUUGCCGCCUGUUGCGUGGGGGCGGCGAUUUUUGUGUACAAAUAUCUUCCAGAUACGUCGGGGAAAAGUCUGCAGGAAAUUCAAGAUAUUUUGAGCGGCAAGAGUACAAGUAGUGACGCCUAAGCGUUGUUAGUGAUAUUAUUUUGUAGAAGUGUGUUUUAAUGUUAAAUUUAUUAAUUUAUUUGUUUACUUUUGUUUUAUCUUUUAAUGUUUUUACAGUAUUAAGGAAAAUUUUAACGUUUCACCGAAGUGAUUCUAAAUAAAUAACAAGUAAGAUGAA